GACCGCCAUACCAAGCACGUCGUGUCAGAUGUGGUGUUUUCAAACAGAGUAACCCGACCCCUCGGGAUACAUGGGUGUCGGUAGUGGUGAUGGGACCCUCCGGGCCCGGGGUAAGAACAAAAGGAUGUACAUUCCUGCCCUGCCCAUGCCUCUGGCGACACUAUGCUGUGUGCUGAAUUUCAUAUUUCCUGGAUUGGGAACCAUUGUGGCGGGAGUGUCCGUGUGUUGCUGCUCUCGGAACGAGGAUAUGGGAUGCGGGGAGCAGUGUGGGAGCUGUACCAUUAGUAUUCUUAUCGGGCUCCUUCAGCUUAUUCUUACAGCCCUCAUCAUUGGCUGGGUCUGGUCAUGUGUUUGGGGCGUCAUGAUGAUAGGCAUGUCGUCUGAAUAUUACCACGACAACCCAGCACAUGGCGAAACAGCGUCGUAUCCCGUCAACCCACAGCAACAGGUAAUCCAUGGAAAUCAAUAUGGAAUGCCGGGACAGCAAGGUGUUGCCCCUAAUCAGACGUACCCUUACCAACAAGUACCUGGCGGUUACCCACCAGGGAGUCAACAAGCACCCUACAGUCAGCCUCAGCCGUACCAAACACCGGCUCAGCCUUAUCAACCGCCCGUUCAACCAUAUCAACCGCCCGUUCAACCCUACCAGCCGCAGCCAGGGCCACACAUGGGAGGAUAUCCUCCUCCUGAGCCUAACCCAAAGAUGCCCCCUCCAGCCCCUCCACAAGUUCCUCCCUACUCUGAAAAUAGGAUGGAGCCCUCAGCUCCUAUGGAACCGCCUCCCCCUUAUUCACCAACAUGAAAGACAUAAUAUGAGACCUUUUUGGUUUAAAAUUAAAAAUAAAUACAUUCCUAUGCAAAAACUGCCAAAUAUUGCACAAAAUGCUUAUCUUAGAACUUUUCGAUUCUCGUGUAAUUCAGUUCAGUAGAGUGUGACAUUUUCAUUCAGUGUAUGACGUCAUUGUCAAGGAACGAUGACGUCAUUGUCAUGGAACGAUUCUGUUGGCUGUCUUUUGAAUGUUCACAGCAUCAUCAAAACAUCGCAACACAAACGUACAGACACUGUAUGUAUUUCAGGCACAUCGUCUCUUGGAAACACUAAACGAUGUCAACAAGCUGGCGUAUUCUCAAUAUAUUUGUUCUUUAAUCACCGCUAGGGGGAGCUAACGUAUAUCCACUGGUUGGCUGGGUUGUCAAUAUAUUUAUACUCUAAUCACCGCUAGGGGGAGUUUAAGUAUGUCCACUAGUUGGCUGGGGAGUAAAUAUAUUGGUAUUUUUAUCACCGCUAGGGGGAGCUUAUAUAUGUUUACCAGUUGGCUGUGUUGUGUAUGUAUUUGUACUUUUUAUCACCGCUAGGUGAAUCUUUAAUAUGUCAACCUGUUAAAUGUGUUGUCAGUAUAUUUGAACUUUUAUCACUGCAAGGGGGAGGCUAAACUUUGUCCGCCAGUAGACAUGUUCUCAAUACAAUGUAUAUUGUUACUUUUAUUACCGUUAGGGGGAGCUUAACUAUGUUCACCAGUUGGUUGUGUUGUCUAUAUAUUGGUACUUUUUAUCACCGCAAAAUGGGAGGGGAUGGGUGUGGGCGGGGGUGGCUUCAAAGUUUCUUUGCCGAUAAAGAAUAACUUUAAUUAUUUGAAUGGCGGGAAUUUGUGGAGUGAGAAAAUAUUGGACCAGUUGUUUAUCGCCCCUGAACAAGCGAACGUUUUUCAAUGUAAUAGUAAGACUUUUCAAUGCAUUUCAUAUAUACAUUUUAAGUGAAUAUCUUUGAUUUUGUUUUAAAAUAUUUAUUUGAAUCUCUGUACAUAUAUUUAAUUUUUCCCAGUAGAAAGACGAUUGCGACACGACUUCGUUAAAUCGUUACAAGACUUAUUAUAAAAACCCUGUAUAUUAAUUUUUAGAAUUUACUAAAUUGGAAACGACUUCUGAAUCUAAUAAAUGUGUUAUGUACGAAACGUUGAACGGAAAACGGAAAGCAAAUGAAUAUAAAAGAGAGAGUGGAAAAAAUGAGAAUUUCUUGAGAGAGGGACAACAGGUAUGAAAGUUCAAAAGCAAAAUGAGCUAGAAAGACGAACAGGAUCUUUGUUUUAAUGCUGAAAUUAUACGGUUGUGGGUGUAACCUGUUAUGUUAGGCUUUUAUGGUCGGCCUUGUCUAUGACUACCAGCCGACAUUUGUAAACAUUAUAACAUGAUUAACAAACAAAAGUAUUAUUGUUAUUGUUUGUGUAUUUAUACUGUAGUACUACGUUCUUGUGGUAUAAUAAAAAACAAUUUAUCAAGUUUAA